AUGUCCACCACGCCGCAGUCCACUGUCCUGGCCCCAGAAGCAUCCACCAUUGCUCCCAUGGCCGACUUCAAACCUUCCAACACUUCGUCACGUCCUGAAAAUCUCGCCUCGGUAGCCUCACUCCUGGCCGAGUUACAGCUGAAUCGAGUCGUUCCGACCUUGUGGUGCAUCAAUAGCCACAAACCCGCUCGGUUCGUCCUCACGCCUUUGCAUUGCGCGGUUGAAAGCGUCCAGAAUAAUAAGAACGAGACAAUUGAGCUGUCUUGGGACGACGUCUUGGGGGCCCACGUGCGCUCAUCGGACGGCAAGCACAUUCAAGAGUCUGUUGAUUCCGUGACGGACCCCGAUGCCUCAUUCUUGUUGAUUGUGAGCGCCUGUACCUGCCAAAGUAGCUUCAAGCCAAAGUCUUUGAAGAAGCGGAAAGCUGUCGAGUUUUCGUUCCAAUUCACUGGAAAGCAGCUGCAGCAGGUGCGCAGGCUCCAGCAGCUCAUGAACUUUCUAUCGGACCCGAGGAACCGGGAGGUGGUGCAGAAGGUGGAGACUUUGGACGACUUGGAAAUCAGGGAGAGAUCUCCACGGAAGUAUUUGGUGCUUGUGAAUCCUGUCAGUGGACCAGGACGUGCACUGCAGAUUUACGAGAGCAAGGUGGCACCAAUAUUCGAAUAUGCCAAUGUGAAGACGGAAGUCAAGGUCAUGGACCAUGCGCAGCAUGCGACUGAAGUCGUCAUGACGAUGCCCUUGGGUGUCUACGACUGUGUCGUUGCGGUGGGUGGGGACGGCAGUUUAUACGAGAUUGUACAGGGUUUGAUGAAGCGGGCAGACUGGAACCGAGCAAUUCGACAGCCGAUUGGUGUCAUUCCGGGUGGAUCAGGUAACGGACUGUCGCAUUCUAUCUGCCAUCGAAGCGGUGAGGAGGGCAAGCCGGUGAACGCGGCGUAUAUCUUGGCCAAGGGUAUGCCGCAUGAUUUGGAUAUCUCGUCAGUGCGCAAUGGCAAAGAGACGACGUACUCAUUCUUAUCGGUAGGAUGGGCUUCUAUUGCUGAUGUUGACAUUGGAUCCGAAAAGCUGCGUAUGCUGGGCGGACUACGGUUCACUGUAGCUUUCGUCAACCAAUUGGUGUUCCAAAGGCCCGAGUAUCCGGGCAAAAUCUGGUACCUUGAAGAGGAAGAGGAUCAGAGCUCUCCGCUGUACUUCGAGACGCACGAUCCCGAGUCGACGGAUCGACCCAAGAUGAACUUGGUUGGCGAAGAAGGUCGAGGUUUACCUGAUAAUUUGCACCAACAGCCUGGUGGAGCAAAUCUACAGACAGCUGACGAGAAGACUGGUAAGGGUGGUAAAUGGAAAGAAUUGGGCGGUCAUUUCCGCGUCGUCUGGGCGAUGAACGUAUCGCAUGCGGCUUCCGACGCGUACCUUGCUCCCAGCGCAGAGUUGGACGACGGCUUUAACUACAUUACGUUUAUGGACGGCUCCCACCCACGCAAGAAUCUGCUUUCUAUGAUGUUAGCUAUUGAAACGGGCGAGCAUGUGGACAAGAAGGGCGUGCAGCAAGUGCGGACUCGAGCGUUCAAGGUCAUGCCAGAUCGGGCUGACGAUCUCAUGUGCGUUGACGGCGAGUUGAUGGAUGGUCCAUACCUUGAGGCAGAAGUCCACCGUGGUUUGGCUUGCAUCAUGGCCAUUCCUCGCCGCCAGAGCGAGAGCAAGAAGUAG